AUGUGGUUGCUUGAGAAUCAAAUUCCAUUUUUCAUUCUUGAGGAAAUUUUUAACGUAGAAAAAGUGAGUGACGCUAUCACAUUCAGGCUUCUGAAGCCGAAGCCACGGUUCAUCGAGCCUACAAACGAAUAUUUCAAGAGUUUAGAGGCAGUAAAUGGCAAAUUAGAGAAAUUCAAGGAUGCAACAACUGGGGUAAAAGUUAAACAUUUCACUAAUUUCUUAAGAAUUUGCCAUCUACCAUCCGAAAAGCAAGACUAUGAGAUAACUCACAGGUUAUUUUUUAAUUUCGUAAGAUCCAAAACGAAGAAAAGAAAAGUUGUGAUUGCACUGAGUGUGAUGCAACUCCAUCAUGCAGGAGCCAAGUUCAAGUUGAGCGAAAGCAAUGACUCAUUCGACAUAAAUUUCAAGAAGGGGACUUUGGAAAUGCCACCACUGAUACUACAGCUUGAAACUAAAUCGUUGUUUCGAAAUUUGAUUGCUUUCGAGCAACGUCAUUACCCUGAUAAUUACAUAAACCAUUUUGUUUUAAUCAUUCAUCAUCUCGCCAAGACUCCCAAAGACAUUGAGUUGCUUGUUAAGGAACAAAUUAUUGACAGUUUGCUGCCGGAUCAAGAAAAGUUAUCAACUCUUUUGCAUAACCUUGCAAGUGGGACAACUUUGGAUCCUGAUAAUUUUUAUUUUUCUUAUAUUUGUAAUAAAAUUAGAUAG